GAAUCAACCCCCACUGCUCUAAUAUGGAACAUCGUGACGACGACUUUGAAUUUGGACAUCAAUUUGGCGGGGACGAGGAGGAGGAGGAAGAGGAAGAAGCGAUUGAUGUGGAUAGUCCAGAUGAGUUGGAUGUUGACGCCGAACCUGAUGACGACUCUGAUAUGGAAGUCUAUCAUAUGGAGACGAAUGGAGCCGCCAAUGGAAAUGGAAGACAGGUCAUUGGAGAAACGGGUGAUGAAGAGGAAGAUGAUGACUAUGAUGAAGAAGACGCAAUGACUUGGGAUUCGAUGUCAACAAUCAGUGAAGUUGAGGUGGAAAAGGAUGAUGACGAAUGGUAUCCAUUGAUGAAGAGAGAUAACGUGUUUCCGAACUUUGCAUUACCAACUACCACACGCGCUGCUUUCCGCAUCGGCCCACAGCCGAUCGCAUCCGCCGAUCCUUCAUCAACUCCUGGCUCAUCAGAACACCAUUCAGACACUGAAGACGUCGAAUUCAAUGACUACAAAGAAGUGAUGCGUCCAGAUCCGACACGUGAAGAACUCCAACAACUCGUGAUUGAUCAUUUUCUCCACCAUGGAUACUCGGAAGUUAUAGAGACUUUCAGCAAAGAGGUGAAUAUUGUGGUUCCCAAGAAAGAUAUCGAUAAUAUGAACGCGAGAAAUGAAGUUCGCCGCUUGAUUUGUGUUGGCGAAAUGGAGAGUGCUAUUGAAAAAAUGACGACGCUUUGCCCGACUAUAUUGGAGGAUGAUGAGAUCAACUUUAUUGUUCGCAAGCAGCAUCUCAUUGAAAUGGUCCGACAAAAGCUGACGAAAGAGCCCGUCGAAUAUUUUAGAGCUCAUUUAAUGAAGAACGGGCAGCGUCCUUGUGACGAGAAAAUGGAUAUCAUCGAGAGAAUAUUCACUAUGCUGGUAUUCAAUUUGGAGGAUGAUGUCGAGUUCAACGUGUAUUUCCAGCAAUCCGAACGAGAACAGACGGCCAAGGAGGUGAACAGUGCUCUGCUCGCGAUGAAUGGAAAGUUGAAGUCGUCCCGCCUCGAUCUUCUCGCCAAGACCAUCGCUUUUACGGGAUGUUCGCAGAUGCGCUCCUCAUCGCCAAGUAGAAAACAUGCAACCAUUGCUGAAUUUUCGGAGGAACAUUAUUCCAAGCCGUAUGGAUUAGCCGCCGAAACAAGUUCUGCCUUUCGCGGUGAAGUCGACCUAACCCAGGACAUGCGUUGAACGGAAUUUGUACAUUUUUUCAAAAACAAUAAUCUGAUUCUAUUCGUAAUUUUCUAAUUUUCUCUUGAAAUAUAAUUUUCUUAUUAUGAUUUAUUCACAUUCUCAUUUCAAUUCUAAACUAAAUAAAAAUUGUUCAGUUUUUU